AUGAAACUCCAAUUAAUUUAAAUAAUAGCUGAAAAAGAAGAAUAAUUAGAAUUAAAUAUGUAAUCUUUCUAAUCAAUCCUGAAAGAUGAGUUGAAGGAAGAGCUUACAAAAAUAAGAACUUAAGAAAGAUAAAAAAUAGAAUAAUUAUUUUAGCAAAAUUACUCUUUGAGUGAGUCAGUUUUAAUAUAAAAUAUUAAAAGAUUUGCAUGAAAUAGAAAAAGAAUAGCUUAUUUAAGAAUUCUUCAGAAAAAUAGAAUAAUUAUUAUAAAGCUUAUAAAAGUAUCAUGAAAGGGUAAGAUAUGAAAAAUAAAGAUAAAAUGAACUUUAUGAAUUAAGAGAACAUUUAGAGAUUUUAUAAUUAUCAUAGGUAUCUACCAAUAACUUAGAAUUCUAUACUGAAAGAAAAACUUAUGAAAAUAAAAUUAAUGAAUUAAGGGUAGGAUAUAUUAUGGAGAUCCAUAAGAACUUUACGAUACCAUAGAAUAUUAAAGAAAAGUAAUUUUAGAUUAAUUUCUAUAAAACGAGCAAACAAACUUGAAAUGAGCAUAAUUUACCUUUAUUACUAAAUAGAUCAGUUGAAAGAUAACAUUUCGUAAUUUUAAAUAUAACAAGAUCAGAGAAAAAGGUAGAGAGCCGAAGAGCUUGAAGCUAUUGAAAAGAUGAGACGAAAAAGAACUGCAGAUCGAGAAUCUUUAAGAACUCCUUAUAGAUAAAUAAGAAGUAGUCUACAUAGAACAUCUUUGGAUAGAUACCCAAAAGAUUUUAUAAGGCUUUCAAAUAUUUAGUAACCUUUACACGAUUAACAUCAAAGCUCAAUUAUGCACAAAAUCUCAUUACAAAAAUCAUAAUUCAUAUCUCCGAAAUAAGAAAAUAGAGAAAUAACUUUAACAUUAUAGGAAUUAGAUCAAGUUAAGUAUAAAUAUUAAUCAGCUUUGAAUAAUAUUCUAUAACUUGAGACCUAAGUAAUAGGAAAACUAUAGUAUAAUGAUUAAUUUGAGUAAUUUUUAAUUUAAAAUUAAAAUUAAAAUUGA